UCGGACGCGUAAACAUGAAUAGAGUUUAGAGCUAUGAUGUCGGGUCGUGUCCAGCCUGGCCCCUACGGCAGGUUACAACGUUAAAGUUUGAUCGUUUUUUUUUCACCGGACAGCUCAAACAGCCCAGUGACGUCAGGCAGGAGGUUUUUUUUGGCGGCUGACGUCAGCAGCGCAGCGCGUUGUUGCAGAGUCACUGCGACUGUUCGACUGUAAACAAGGCGAGGAGAGAAAAGUGUCGCUGUUAGCAACCUCCACCGUCUGCGCGGCUCGUCUCAGCUCAGAUUUACAAGCGAUUUUCUGUCGUGACUGACCUCCUGAUACGAGUCCGGUCAUCCAUUCACGCAGUAUUUUAAUACAGGCGCAGCUCGUGUUUUCGCGGAGACAGCUAGCCCUUCAAGCUAGCGACGGCUAGCCCGUCAGUCGCCUUAGCUUGCCUUAGCAUUCGCUAGCCUCGCUGGCUAGUCAACAUUCGAGGGCCUGUUGCCAGAGAAGCACCCUUUAUGCCCUGGGUAUAUCUCUCUUUACUGCGACCAGGAAAUCCUGAACCCUGGGUGGCUGGUCAGAGCGGCCUCCUCCCACCAUGGAGGCAGGAGGGAAGGACAGCGAAGAGGAGACACUGCAGACAGCCUUUAAAAAGCUGAGGGUUGAUGCUGAGAGUUUACCCGGAGCGGUGAGUGUUUCGGAGGCGUUGGCUCCCAGAGCAGCAUCACGCGUUUGUCUCGACAGCAGCGGAGCGAAGCCCAAACUCAGCUGCCCGAAGGAUAACUGGCACGGCUGUAUGAGGAAAACUUCUAGAGGAGCUUCCAGAACUCAGCGGCGUCGCAGGUCCAAGUCCCCCAUCCUCCACCCUCCAAAGUUCACCUACUGCAGCACCGCCGCGGCGUCUGCGCUGUCGACCCCUAGUGGCUGCCUGAAGCACCAGCGCCUGGCCGUGCCGGAGCCCGUGGAGCCUCAUCCUGCAGUCGAUGGAAGGACGGCCCCCUCUGUCGCCGUCCCGGCCCAGAAAGAGCUCUCCUCCUCCAGCACUGCCGGCCACAUCUCUCCUCUGGUUUUUGGAUCUCGUGCUGGGUAUGAGACACACAUUGGAGCUGUGGUUUCCUCACAAGAGAUCCCCACUGUUAUUACUACUGUUGCGACAUCGAGCAGGCAGGAUGGAGGAAGCUCUGGAGACGGCCAGUCGAGCGAGGAGAGCGGCCCAGAGAAAAGUGCCUGUGACGGAGCGGAGUCUGGAGCGGGAGCGCCUCAGAUAUCGGGACCCGCAGAGGCCGCUGACUUCCGAUCUCUAUCAGAGCUCCACAGCAGCGGCUCGGCAGAAGGCCCCCACGUCCCCUGCUCCUGUGCCUGGAGGAAGAGUUCAGAUGCCCAGGACGAGAGCGGGCAGGGGGCCGAAUCUCAGUGCCGGUGCCGGUCCAAUCAUCAGGGCUGGGCCGGCGUGGAGGUGUACUCCUUCACGGGGCUCCGCAGCGUCAUCUCGGAGUGCGAGAGGAGCCCGCCGAGCCACGAGGACACCCCCAGAACUCUCAGUACCAACAGUAACGCUGCCACAGCCUCGUCACCUUCAUCGCUGUCGUCGGGCUCCCCUCGCUCGUGCUCGGAGCAGGCGCGGGCCUACGUCGACGACAUCACGAUAGAGGACCUUUCCGGCUACAUGGAGUAUUAUCUCUACAUCCCCAAGAAGAUGUCACACAUGGCUGAGAUGAUGUACACUUAAAAAAAGUCAAAAGAAAUAUUAUAAAGUCGUAAGGAGAUGAUAACGUAAAGAGGUUUUUUCUGUUGAGGGAGAAGGUGGCCUCCAAGGAAUGCCAGUAGUGGGUAGAAGAACGAUCAGGCAUGAGAGUUGUAAUUUAAAUAUACAACAUUAACUGACUUUAACCCAGGUUCAAAUGUCUCCAUUGUCCCGUCCUGUUUGAGCCCCCCCUCGUUUGACUAGAACUGACAGAAACAUAUUACCACCAACUAUUUCUCAUUAGUUUUUCCUCUUUUGUGCUUCAUUUAAAUUAAGUUUUCAGUUUAUCGGUGAAGUUGCCAAAGCUCUUGGUGCGGGGUCUUUGCAGAGGGAGGAAACAGUAGGAACAUGCAAACUUGUGUUGACGAGCGUUUGUGGUGUUGUGACCCGUAAAGUCACCUGUCUGGAUUUCAUUUCACUCAAUAAAGAAGCAAACUGUG